GAUUUCUGCAUAGUGCACCUUUUAAUUAUAUAACCUACCAUUGUUGUGUACAAAUGGUUGGAGAGGAGGAACAAGCCAUCCAUUAAUUACUUCCUCUCUCUGCAGAGCAUCCCUGAGUCUGGCCAGAAAGACUGGCAAAAUUACAGUAACUUUCCCAAAAUUCCCCGGUGUUCCAGAUAUCUUUCUUGCUAUAUUCCCGGAAUUACAAGCGGUUAAAGGAGAACAUACAGGGAAUCCUCCAGCCAGGCUUUCCAGAAAACCAGGGAGUUUUGUGAAAGUUACCGUAAUUUUUCAGCCCUACAGUAAUGAUGCAUUAUCCUUUGGUAUGGGGAAAUACAAUGUACCGGUCGGUAUAUGUUGUCUAGUCUGCUUCCAGAUCUGUUUGUGCUGUCUUGCCAACUCCUAUGGUCAUAGUUACUAAACAGCACAAACAGAUCUGGGAUCAGGCUAGAUUUUCUCAUGCACUACGUUUGACCGGAGCCAUGCGCCAUGGUCAAACAUAGUGCACUAAUUUAGGGAUUAGGGUGCAAUUUCAGACAUUGGAUUUAACAUUGGGAAAUAAUACCAUUGUUCUGUUAAGAUUAUGUACCUGCUGCUUCAAAAUCCAAAUCUCUUUACAUUCCAACUGGCACCCUGUGUGUAGUGCACUACUUUGACCAGAGCCCUAUGGCACCCUGUUCCCUAUGUAGUGCACUACUUUGACCAAGACCUAAAAAUAUGGAAUAGGGUGCCACUUGUGAUGGAGACUUUCUUUGUUAUUGAUGAAAUAGUCAGCAAAAGUGUCCACAUCACUCUAAUCCACAGCUCUGGUCCAAGGCGUUACGUUCAGUUUGCUAACACCGAGGCUCAGUGUCAACAAGCCACAUGUAACGCCCUGGACCAGAGCCAUCUAAUCUGCAGCUCUGAGUAGGAGUUGUCCUUAGGCACAGAUUUAGGAUCAGUUUACAGGCUCAGUCAAAUCCUAGACUUAAUAAUUUUGGGGAAGGACAAAACUGACCUUAGAUCAGUGGUUAGGACUAAUUCCUUCAGCUCCACCUACCUGGCUAGAGGCUGGACUAAUAAAAAUAUCCGGGUAGCGAACUCUCUCCCCCUCUCUCUCUCUCUCUCUCUCUCUCUCUUUCUAUCCACACUCUGUCUCUCCGUUUCUCAGUCAACUCUCCACCUCACCACCUACACAUUUCUGUCCAUCUGUCCAGUCCUCUUCUCCUCUCUUCUCUUCCUCCGUGUCAGGAUCAUGUUUCCUCUCACUCUCCUCGGCCUGCUGUUCAUCACCGCACAAACAGACGACAAGAAAAAGAAAGGAAAAAACCAGGCGACAACCAAAGAGGAAACUCCAUCGAAGUAUGAUUCCAUGUUCCAGAGAGGAGACCUGCUGGAGGUACCCCGGACGUUGUUCACUCACUUUGGGAUCUACCUGGGCGGUGGCCGGGUAGCUCACCUGAUACCUGACAUACUACCUGUGUUGUCAGAUGAUGAGGAGGCGAUCAGAGAGAUGGUCACCAAUAACAGACUGAUACUGGGGGUCAUCGCUAAGUGUGCCAGUGUGAGGGUGGACACCGUGGAAGACUUUGCCUACGGCUCAGAGAUUAUUGUGAACCCCAUGGAUAAGGUGUGCAGUCGCCCCCCACUGAAAGGAGAGGAAGUGGCUGACAGGGCAGAGAAGCUCCAGGGCUCCACAGCCUACAGCCUCCUGUGGUAUAACUGUGAACACUACGUCAUGUACUGUCGAUACGGCACCUGCAUGAGCUUCCAAACCUUCCAGUUCUGUAAGACAGUGAAGAAGUUCAUUCUGAGCCAGAAGAGUGCCAAGGUGACAGCGGUGUUAGGCCCAGUACUAGUGCUCUAUCUGGAGGUAGUGUCUCUCUACUCAGCCCUGGUCGUUGUCCUGGUUCCCUUCAUUAUCUGGAUGGCCUCUUAGACUCUUGGAGCGAAGGAAGGAAGGAAUGAAGAAGAAGGUUUUGAAGUAACGGAAUAUAAAACGACUGAAAAAAUACACAUUAUUUAACAAAAAUUCUUUGCAGUCCGUUAAAAGAAAAUGGACUUGAGCUGGACACUGUACAAAGAAGCAGUGAGUAGGGGAAUGUAGCCUACAAGAUGACCAGACAGACAUCGGGUUUCUUCAAUAACUAUUAACAAUACUUUUCCACUGCUUCAUAAGGCCUAGUAAUGAUGCCAAUACAUGUGUUUACACCCUGUGUUUUUAUUUUAAUUGAUUAAUUACAUAAGUGUGAAUGGUAUACUAUUUUUGACCUGCAUAACAGUGAAUUAUGUUACUAUAAAUACAAUUUAAAAAAAAAAAUGGUUA